AUGGCUCCCAUCACCAAGACUCUUGCCCUUGUUGGCGCUCUCUUUGCCAUUUCUGGCGUUUCUGCUCCCAUUGAGAAGCGCGCCGUCGUCUGGGAGACUGUCACUGACAUCGUUUGGAAGACCGUCGAUGUCACCACCACCGUCCAACCCCAGGAAUUCAUCGCGACUGCAACUGUCGUCCCAGUGACCACCACUUCAUCUGAGGCUACCGUAGAGUCUACUACUGCUCCCAAGCCUGAGGAGCACCGACAGCCCGCGACCACUAGCUCUUCUUCAACCACCAGCACUACAUCAACUCCCGCUCCCGCUCCUGAGCCUACCGAGCCGUCCACCACAUAUGUCGCCCCUGCUCCUGCAACUACCCAGGCUCCUCAGACUACCGAAGCUGCCCCCGCGCCCGUUGAGCCCACCACCACUGCCGAGCCUACUACUUCUACUUCCGCCGCCGCCCCCGCUGCUACCUCCAGCUCCUCCAGCGGCAGCAGCGGUGGCUCCGGCUACACUGGCUCCUGCGACGAGGGCUCUCCCUGCACGGGACAGAUGACCUUUUACGACACUGCUACCUCUGCCAGCGCCCCCAGCGCCUGUGAUACCACCAACGACGGUCUGACUGAGAUGGUCCUCGCCCUGCCCUAUGAAGUCAUGACCGACAACAACGCCUACUGCGGCAAGACCGUGACCAUCGAGUACGGCGGUGUCACCCAGAAGGCUAAGGUCGUUGACAAGUGUAUGGGCUGUGACUCCACCUCCAUUGACCUUUCUCGCGCUCUCUUCGAGGUCUUCGACUCUCUUUCUGCCGGUCGCAUCCACGACGCCAAGUGGUACAUCGACUAA